UAGUUAUAAUUAGUGGAAUGUAAGGAAACCAUGGAUCGGAAUUCAAAUAGUAUCAGCACUACUACUUUUAUCUUGUGAUGAGUUAUAAGUUAUAGUUACAAUAUAAGAUCAAAUCUUUGAAAAGUUAAAGUACUUAAUUUUUACAAUAUAACAAUUCAAGCAAGUUAUUAAGCAUUCUAUUAAGCACUCAAAAUGUUGAUAUUAAAAAAUAAAGUAAGUUGUUAAUAAAAUUUCUCUUAUCACUUUACGUCCAUAUAGCUCUAAAGUAAAAUUAAAUGAUGUCGUUAUAGUUAGUGCAACUAGAACUCCUAUGGGAUCAUUUCUUGGAGGGUUAUCAAGUUUAUCUGCUCCAAAACUUGGAGCCACAGCCAUUCAAGCAGCAAUCGAACGUGCUAGUAUUCCCAAGGAUUAUGUUACAGAAGUAUACAUGGGAAAUGUUUGUCAAGCUUUUUUAGGUCAAGCACCAGCAAGACAAGCUACAUUAUUUGCAGGCCUUCCAAAGUCAACAGUAUGUACAACAGUUAAUAAAGUUUGUGCAAGUGGCAUGAAAAGUAUAAUGCUUGCUUCUCAGUCAUUACAAUGUGGGCAUCAAGAAAUUAUUCUUGCCGGUGGUAUGGAGUCAAUGUCCAAUGUACCAUUUUAUUUGCCACGAGGGGAAAUUAAAUAUGGUGGUAUGAAACUUGAGGAUGGUAUUGUAUUUGAUGGUUUAACUGAUGUUUAUAAUAAGUGUCAUAUGGGAAAUUGUGCAGAAAAUACUGCCAAGAAAUUCAAUAUUACUCGUGAUGAGCAAGAUAAAUAUGCUAUUAGCAGUUAUAAACGCAGUGCUGCAGCAUAUGCAAAUAAAAGCUUCCAAAAGGAACUUGUACCGGUUUUUGUACCUCAAAGAAAAGGCAAUCCUGAUAUAAUAUUUAAUGAAGAUGAAGAAUAUAAAAAAGUUAAUUUUGAUAAAUUUGGUAAAUUAAAUACAGUUUUUCAGAAGGAAAAUGGUACAGUAACUGCUGGAAAUGCAUCAACCUUAAAUGAUGGUGCUGCUGCAUUAGUCCUAACAACUGCAACAGUUGCUGAAAAAAUGAAUUUGAGACCUUUAGCACGAAUUAUUGCAUUUCAAGAUGCUGCAACUGAUCCUAUUGAUUUCCCAAUUGCACCGUCUUUUGGUAUUUCUAAAUUGUUAGAAAACACUGGAGUUAAUAAGAAUGAUGUAGCUCUUUGGGAGAUAAAUGAAGCUUUUAGUGCUGUUGUAAUAGCAAAUCAAAAAUUGCUUGAUCUUGAUCCAAACAAAGUAAACGUUCAUGGUGGUGCUGUGUCUCUUGGUCAUCCUAUUGGUAUGUCUGGAGCUCGUCUUGUAGUACAUUUAGCACAUGCUUUAAAAGCUGGCGAAAAAGGUGUUGCAUCUAUUUGCAAUGGAGGCGGUGGAGCCUCAUCCAUUUUAAUAGAAAAAUUGUAUCAUACAAUAUCUUCUCCACCAAUAUUAACGUUAUAUACAAAACAUCAUUGUCCACUUUGUGAUAUUUUAAAAAAUGAAUUGCGAUUGCGUUUUUCUGGUCGUUAUCAAUUACAAGAAAUUGAUAUUACAGCACUUGGAAAUGAACGAUAUUUGAAACUGUAUAAAUAUGAAAUUCCAGUUCUUUUUUUAGAACGUCAGUUUCUUUGUAAACAUCGUUUAGAUUCGGAAUUGUUGGAGCAAAAAUUACAAGAAUUUUCUAAAAAUUGAAAAUGAUAAACAGUAUCGAGUUGUAUGUAUUUUAUUAUUGGUCUUUAUAUUAAUCGAAUACGUGAUUAGUAAAUAAAAAUUAAUUAACGAUCA